CCCGCACGCACGAGUUACCUUCAGCACCCCUGCGUCCAACGCAAGAAACUGGGGGGUGCACGUCCACCGUGAGAACGACGACAACGACGACGGCAAAGAAGCGCCAAUCAAUCAAACGAAAAGGAAUCACCAAAGUCAGACAUGGCACCAUCGCACCUACAGGGCCUCAACAUUGUCCAGCCAUCCCCGCCGGCCAAUUCCUACUUGUCUGACGCAGACCUCCUUUCUCUACCGCCAUUUCCAGACCUGAAUGCGCAGCUCGACCUAUGGACCCACUUGAACUUCCAGUCCGAUGAGCCCCUCGGGCUGUCUGCUGAUAGCGUCAAAAACCGCGUAGGAGGUGAUGGCAAGGAUACCAGUGACGAGGAUGCCGAGCGCUACAACGACCAGGACGCCGACUCGCUCAGCAUCGCGGAGACCACCGCGCACGAGAACGUGGUCACCGGCACCGUCCUACCCCCAACAGGCGUAGCGCACGGCGCUCACCCUACUUCUGCACCUUCCCGCGGCCCCUCGAGCGCACCUGGCGCGGGCGUGCAGCUGCCCCUCGAUCUCCACAGCCUGCUAUCGGGCAUGGGCAUCGACCCGUACCUCAUCCCGCCCGCUCAGCAGGCGUCCGCCCAGGCAGCGAAUGCCAAUUCGCUCGCGCAGCUGCUCUCGCUGCACGCCGCGUCGUUCCUGCCUUCCCAUCUGCAGCCUGCGGUUCCACCACUCGCCCAGUCUGCACCUGUGCAGGCAACUAUUCCCCCUCAGCAGCAGCAGGCGUCUUCGCCCAUCCCAAAGCGCGCACGCACGUCGCGUCAGUCCUUCUCUGUUGAGCAGUCAUCUCCCGAGGCACAGGAGAUCGAGGAGAAGGAGUCUUCCAACCCGCUCACUGCUGCUGAAGACAAGCGUCGGCGCAACACAGCGGCGUCGGCGCGCUUUCGCCUGAAGAAGAAGGAGCGUGAGAUGGCGCUGGAGAGGAAGGCGAAGGAGUUGGAGGUACGCGUGAGCGAGCUGGAGAAGGAGUGCGAGGCGUUGCGGAGGGAGAACGGGUGGCUGAAGGGGCUGGUGGUAGGGGUGACGGGCGUAGGUGCAGUGCAGCAACAGCAGGUGGGCGCGGGUUCGACAGGGGCUGGGGUGAAACGUGGGAGGGAGGACAUAGAGGGCGAGAAGGAAGAGCAAUGAUGUACUGGUCUCACUUCCUGCUCUGGUUUGACUUUGAGAUGAUCAUUAUUUUGUUCUCACCGUUUCUCUGCCAGCCCUUGCGCCCGCGAUGAUAUGCGUUCUUGCUGUAGCCACCUCUUCACCCCGUUGUAUUGCGACCGCGAACCAGAAUGUAUACGAUACUGCCCUGCUCC